AUGCCCGGCGCCAUCCCCAACAACCACCACGACUGCAAGGCAGGCCUCAAUGGCGUGUGCACCUGUGGCACCAACCGUGACAAGCACGCCCACAACUCUCACCAGUGGGCCCCUUGGGCGUCCUGGCCCCACGGCCGCCCUUCCUCCCCUCACAACCACUACGAGGCCCAGACGUACUACUCUGCCCCUCCCCAUGCCCACACGCCCUCGGCUCCCUACUCGUACAACAACGCCUCUCCCUACCACUACCAGCCUCACGCUUGCGGCCCUCACGGUGCCUGCGACCCCGCACCUUGCGGCCCUCCUCACGCCCACACCCACCCCGCUGGCAACUGCCACGACGUGAGCCUCCUCCUUGGUCACCUCAACCAGCUCUCCAUCCCCGGCAUCUCGUACGCGUGUGCGCCCCACCCCCCCCACACCGUCUGCCUGCCCCGUGACACUGGCCGCACGCCCCUCGUCUUCGAGUUCCAGUCCCGCCUCGUCCGCGACCACCUCCACCACCCUCUCAUGUCCUACCUCGCCGAGGGCAUUUCGCCCGGCACCCUCACUACCGGCCUCGCUGGUACCAAGAUCCACACCGCCCGUCAGCUCCUCGGCACCGAGCGCCCCGACGGUUACCGUUCCCUCCAGGCGGUUGUGUACAGCCACGUCCUCCUCUCGCUCAAUGUUCUUCUUCUCGAGGAGACGGCGCGCAACAAGUGCAUUGACCACCGUCGUUACUGGACCGUCACCUCGCCUUGCGAUGCCAACCACGCCCACUCGGGCCUCGAGCUCCAGAUCGGCUGCACUACCGGCGUCGCCCUCGAGGUUCACCCCACCACCGUCGUCAGCAACCCCCUCAUGGACGCUGUCCUCAACGCCGUCAAGCUCGGUGCUGCCUUUGACAAGUCCCGUGGCCGCGUCGUCGCCGAGGUCCGCGGCGACCCGUACCUCCACAUGGACGCCCUUGCCCUUCUUACCCAGGUCUGGGUCCGCUUUGGCAAGCACGCCGCCUCCAACGAUGCCACCAUCGCUUGGGUUGUGCUCUCGAACCUCGAGCGCUCGAUCGUCUUCCACCGCACCGGCAAGGCCAUCCAGGUUUCGCACAUCAUCCACGGCAGCGGCAUCAACACGCCUCACGACUCGGUCCAGAACUUCUACUCGCUCCUCCUUGCCCUUUCGGUCCUCAAGAAGCAGCAGUACCACUCGACCGCUGUCAGCGAGCUCGUUCACCUCAUCUAG